AUGUUUUUUGUCCACCGAGUGCUAAUCAACCAAGCGGAUACCAAAAACAUAUGGCCACCAUUUGGUAGAAUGUCUGAGAGAAUCGGCCAUGUUUUUUGGUACCCGCUUGCCAACCUACCUACCACCCUACCAAUUUCAUGUACCUACUUGCGCGUGAUGCUCACCCACUUCAGCCUAGACGCACAAGGGAACAGCAGGAUUCGACACGGCCCCAUGUCGUUCCUGUUUGGUCGGGCUCGGGCUCGCACCGCAGCUGAUCUCCCCAAACAAGCUCGCGAGCAUGUACUGAAGCUCGAUGGUCCCACGGGCACUGCAAAAACCGAUAGCUCGCCAGAACAAAUAUAUCAACUUGUUACCGGAAUGAUCGACGAAGAUCUCCUACACUUGUUAGCCGUCAAUCUCCAUCGUUUACCCUUCGAAUCGCGGAAAGAUACUCAGGUUAUCUUCUCAUACGUAUUUCGAUUUCGUCCCGCCGCGGCAGCUCCGAAGAGCGAUCCAAUAGCCCUGUCAUACGUCGUUUGCAAUCGGCCCCAGGUCCUUGUGGAGCUGUGUCGCGCAUACGAUCAUAAAGAGAGUGCCACUCCAGCCGGAUCAGUACUCCGCGAACUACUCAAAAACGAAGCCGCAGCUGCCGUCAUUCUCUACGAUGACGGUGACGCUCCGGGAUCCAGUGCAAAAGGUCUCAAUGCUAUUGACAGGGACCGACCUCAGAGCGGAAGGGGUAUAUUCUGGAGGUUCUUCGACUGGAUCAAUAAAAGCUCAUUCGAAGUCGCUGCUGACGCCUUCACAACAUUCAGGGAGCUUCUCACUCGACACAAAGACCUUGUUCCACGAUAUCUCUCUGCAAACUUCGACCUCUUCUUUGACAAAUACAAUAACAUCCUGGUGCAAUCGAACAGUUACGUUACCAAGCGUCAGUCUAUUAAACUUCUUGGUGAGAUUUUGUUGGAUCGCUCCAACUACAGCGUCAUGACCGCAUACGUCGACAGUGGCGAACAUUUGAAGAUAUGCAUGAAUCUGCUCCGAGACGAUCGCAAGAUGGUUCAGUACGAGGGCUUUCACGUUUUCAAAGUGUUUGUCGCCAAUCCACAUAAAUCUUUGCCAGUUCAGAAAAUUCUCUUGAUGAAUCGUGAGAAACUUCUUACCUUCUUGUCCCAUUUUUUGGAGGACAGAACAGAUGACGAACAAUUCAUUGACGAACGAGAAUUUCUGAUCAAGCAAAUUAGAAACAUGCCUCCAACGCCAGUGUCCUCACAGCGAUAG